AUGACCGAAGAAUCAAAGCAAGAAAAAACUUUUUUUUCUGCUGUUCAUGCCGAAGCUAGAGCUGAAGAACCUGAAGAAGCUGUUCAGGAAGAUCCAGAGGAUCCAAAACCAGCGAUCGAAGAAGCUUGUGGUAAUACUACAGCUUGUGCACCCCUAAAACAUCACCUUGAGGAAUGUAAUAGUCGUGUUGAGGCUGGUGGAACUGAAGAAAAUUGUACUGAAGAGCUUUUACAUUUUAUGCAUUGCGUUAACAAUUGCGUUGCUCCAAAGCUUUUCGCUCAAUUGAAAUAA